AUUCAUUCAUACACACCCCACCAUCCUCGAGCAUCUAUCCAGCGCUAGUCAUUCCUGACGCCAUACCCGAGCUCCCCUAACUCGCGUGCUGCACGCAACCUCGAGCUUCAACAUGGCGGCUACGAAUGGCGACGCUCCGAAGAUCACGCUCUACACAAAUCACCGCUGCCCGUAUGCGCAUCGUGCGCAUAUUGUGCUGAAGGAGCUGGGACUGCCGUAUGAGGAGGUCAUUAUCGAUCUGGAGAGGCCGAGGGAUCCUUGGUAUUUGGAGGUCAAUCCGCGUGGCCUCGUCCCCUCCAUCAAGUUCAACGGCGAGAUCAUUACCGAGUCCGCCAUCGUCUCUCAAUUCCUCGCUGAUGUAUACCCGUCGCCUCUGCUUCCUGCCACCGGCGGCGUGGACGCCGCCCUGAAGCGCGCACGCAUCAAUUUUUUCAUCGAUACUUGGAAUACGAAGUGCAACAGCUACUGGCUUCAGAUUACGAAGAAGGAUACGGACGAGGAGAAGGAAGCUCUUGCUAAGGAGUUUGUGGGCAUUGUGAGCAAGGAGAUCGAGCCGUUGCUCAAGGAUGCGUCUCCCUUCUUUGGAGGGAGCAGCAAGGUCACCUUGGCCGAGGCCAUCACCGCACCGUUCAUCCUCCGCACCUACGCCUACGCCAAGCACGGCAUCCUCCCGCAAUCUGUCAUCGCGGGCUUCAAUACCCUACCCAACUUCUCAAAGUGGGCCGCCGAAGUCAUCAAGCAAGACAGCGUGACGUACAUAUGGAACGAGGAAACGACCGUGGAGGGAACGAAAAAGAGGAUCGCGAAAAUGAAAGCUCAGAGCAAGUGA